CACAAUGAGCGCAAGAACACGACGACAAAAGGCUGCCCUCGCCGCUGAGGAGAGCGAAGAUUCACUUAGCAAUGGCUCCGUGUCGACACCUUCAAAGCGCGCCUCUUCGAAGAAGAGGGCCAGAUCCGCCGCACGGGAAGAGAGCAAGGAAAUCAAGGAGAACAUCUUCCUUUUCACCCCGAAUCUUAUCGGAUACUCCCGAGUCGUUUUGACCUUCGCCUCCCUAUACUACAUGCCCCUCCACCCGCGGACCUGUUCCUUCCUCUACACGGUGUCCUGUCUGCUGGACGGUCUGGACGGUUAUGCAGCACGAUACUUCAACCAAUCCACCACCUUCGGUGCAGUGUUGGACAUGGUGACCGACCGCUGCACCACUGCGUGUCUCCUGGUGUUCCUGAGCUCCGCCUGGCCCCGAUGGGCUAUCCUCUUCCAGGGUCUCAUCAGCCUGGACAUGGCCAGCCACUACAUGCACAUGUACGCUACUCUAAGCAUGGGCGGAUCCGGCCAGAGCCACAAGAAGGUUGAUCCUAGCCGUAGCUGGAUUAUGUACCAGUACUACACCAGCAAGCUCGUCCUGUUCAUCUGCUGUACUGCCAACGAAGCCUUCUUCAUCGGCCUGUACCUCCUGUCCUUCUCCUCGCCGACCCUAUCCCCUUCGCUCCUGCAGCCCGUCUCCGAUUCCCAGCUGUCUUCCGCCCAGCCCGGAAACCCUGCCCACCCCGAGCCAGCCAGCCUGUUCGCCAGUCCCUGGAGCGCCGGUGCCCUCGAGAUGGCGCGUGCGAACAAGCUCGAGAGCACCUGGCCAUGGAUCAUCACCGGGGUCUCGUUCCCCAUCAUGGCCUUCAAGCAGUUCGUCAACAUCGUCCAGAUGGUGAACGCCAGCAAAUGGCUCGCUGAGGGCGAUCUCGCUGCCCGCAGAGCCAACCGCAAGAAGUAA